UUUGUCACUUCUUGUAAAGUUUAAUUAACAUCAUAACCAUUUCUUUGUUUCUAGCAUUGCAUUGAUUUAUGGAAAAUGAUAAGAGUGAUUCUUCUUUUGGUCACAACAAGGUUAUUUUCCAAAUUAUUAUCUUAGUUUCAGCUGCAUUUAUUGUUUCUUCCGUGUACCAUCUCAUAGCCAUUUGUUUGUGUCACCGACGACGAACCACAACAGAUCAAAAUCAACUACAACCACCAAAUCAAGCUGCGAUGCCUAGCCUCGCCGAAAGGACAUCCUCAUCAGCACCUGUAGUACACCGAAUUCCAACACACAAGUAUCACAAAAGAGAUAAAGUUGAUGCUGUUUCGGACGAUGAAGGCGAUGACACCUGUGCCGUAUGUUUGGGAGAUUUUGAGGAGGGUGAGGAGUUGAGGACUAUGCCGGAGUGCUUGCAUUCUUAUCAUGUAGAUUGUAUUGACAUGUGGCUCCAUUCCCACUCGAGUUGCCCUAUUUGUCGUGCUGGUGCUGCUCCUUCGCAGGCAGUGAGAUCAAAUCAUCACAGCAUAGAUAUGAAUAUGGCUCCACUUGGUACUGUCAUGCAAAGUGGUUUGGCGCGAUGGUGAGAUUUUUAUUAUGGUGAUUUUCAAGAGUCAUACUGGCAAAGUACAUAUACACCACUAAUUUAGCUUAUCGCGAUUCAGUUUUAAUAUAUCCUUUGUAUAAACUUUUCAGCAAUCAUAAUAUCACUUGUAAGUUAUAUAUUUUGAUCACCUUUUUAAAAUUUACACUAUAUUCGAAUCACAUCUAAUCCAUUUAAUUUCAUAAGUAUUGAUUCGAAUUAGACCAAACUCAAUCCAACAACAAAACAAGAGCACAUCACUACUCCAACACCAUUAGCUUAAACACGUCUUAGAGACACAUUUAAAUAUUUAGUCUUUUAUCUUGGUCUUCUUGUCCACGAAGAUUGUUUUAUUGAACUCACAGGAAAAAUCCUGAAUUUGAGUCACACACUUUUUAUCACUUUCUUAAAAAAAAAAAACAAUAGUCUUCCAAUGCCAUUCACCAUGGGUAUUGUCAAAAAUGAUUGUUUUACCAACAAUGUGAAAAACAUGGUUUGCAAGAGUACAUGAUUCAUUUAGGCUUUGUUUGCGAAUUUGGAGAGGAAUGGAAGGAAGAACUUUGAAAAAAUAGAAAAAUUGAGUGAAAAGAAUAGAAGAAUUUUGAUUGAAGAGUUUAGUUAUUAGUCAUAACACAAAAUUUCUCUGAUUUGGAGAACUAAAAAUAUUGUAUUGGAGUAGGAUUUUGAGGGCUUAGACAAAAGAUUAAAUUCUAAACCAAGUAACUUACUAAUUUGGGCUUGGGUUUGGGUUACACAAUUUGGAAUAUACUUUCAACAUACUCCCUUAUAAUCCAAGUUACUAAGCAUUAGCUAAUCAUAAUCGAUAUGAACUAUUCCUAAUUUCUUUCUCAAAGUUAGGAAUCUGUCGAUCUUCAAUCCUUUGGUAAAAAUGUCGGCCAACUGUGCUUCACUUGAGCAAUGUCUCACUUCAAGUUCACUUUGAUUUACCUUAUCCCUUAAGAAGUGAAAUCUAGCUUCAAUGUGCUUACUCCUUCUGUGCAGAACUGAAUUCUUUGCGAGAUUUAUGGCUUACUUGUUGUGGAUUUGUAGCACCAGGCGUUUGUUUACUUUAAUCUCUAUGUCUUCUAGCAUAGAUCUGAUCAAAAUCGUUUGACACACAACAUAGGAUCCUGCUAAAUAUUCAUCCUUACAUGAUAAUAAUGCCACCACAAGUUGCUUUCUCGAGCACCUUGAGGUUGGGGCACCAAAUACUUGAAAGUAAUAACUAGUUUUUCUUCUUCGAUCUUCCUUAUCUCCACACUAAUCAGUAUCUGAAUAUUAAGUAAUCAUAGCUUCUUUGCUUAUAGAGUCUCGCGGAAACAAAAUUCCACAAUUUAUUGAUCCUUUUAAGUAUCUCAGGUUCUUCUUGCAGCUUUGAUGUGUAACACCCUUGGUUCACUCACGUAUCUACUCCUUAAUCCAAUUGAUAAGUUUAUAUCAGUUCGACUAUUGCACACAUAUCUCGGAUAUUUGACAAUUUUUUUGAACAGAGUUACAUCGAGUUUGUCCUCCUCUCCAUGCUUCUCUAGUUUCAAAUUUGGUUCGACAGGCGAAGAUUCAGGAUUCGAAUCAUCUAUCGUGAAUUUCUUAAGUAUCUCUUUGACAUACUUCCUUUGAUGCAGCCUCAUAGCUUCCUUGGUAAUUUGAAAUUCCAUGCCUAGGAAAUACGUCAAGUUUCCCAGAUCCAACAUUUCAAAUUCCCUCAUCGCCAGCUCUUUGAAUUCUGACAAGUUCUCCAAGCUAUUUCCAGUUACCAGCAAUUCAUUGAUAUAUAAUCAAAUAAUUGUUAUAUCUUGUGCCACAACCUGAACAUAGACACCAUACUCAGACUUGCAUUUGGCGAAUCUCAAUUCGACUAAGUAUGAGUCGAUUUUCAUGUGACAUGCCUUAUGUGUUUGUUUGAGACCAUAAAGGGAUUUGUGCAACUUGUAGACUUUCCUUGUAUCCUCAAAUAUCACAAACCCAUGAGGUUGUGUGACAUAAACCUCUUCAUCUAAAUGACCAUUAAAAAUUUAUGAU